AUGGCUUGCGGCGUGGACUAUACAUUUGCAGUCAACUUGAAAAACCCUAUAUGCACAUUGCUGAGGACAUCUGCUAUCCCCAUCGCCGAAGCGCUCUGUGCAGCGGGCCUGCAGAGAGAAGAUUGGAUACUUGUCCUCAUAUCUUUGGGCUGGGGCGGCGUCUUUGCGGGCGCUGCUGCUUUCAACGCGUGGCGCUCCGCUACGCGAGAAUCACGUCACCCUUACUUGGAACAAACGAAGUCGAUGCUGCAGUCCAACGAGGCAGUGGUGGAGUAUCUGGGGACGCCAUUGGAGGUGAAAGCUGUCGAGGAACACACCGAGACAUUUGCUCCGUGGAAAAGGCUCGUGCUGCUACUCAGGGGCCCCAAGGGUUGUACGCGGGCUUUUGUCUGCGCACGCCGCGUCGGCUACAGCGAGGAGGACCUUGUGGAGAAAUUCACCGAGGAGGAAGAAGGGGCGUGGUGGAGCAGGCCAUACAUCUUGAAGCAGUGGCUGCUGCAGACUAUCGGCGACGCGUGGGAAUUAUUUCAGCUGCUCUUUGCGUCAAGAGGUACAGAAGGCAGGGAGCGGUCCGAGGGCGUGGGAGAGUGGGAAGUGACCUCUUUGUUCGUGUUGGCGCCUCAAAAUCCACUGGGAGAUGAUGCAGAGACGCGGACGAAUGAUGCAGAGGCGCAGACAAAAACACCACGAGUUAUUGUAUGCAAGGGUAUCCCUGCGGAUAACCCUGACUGGUGUAACUCUCCUCUCUUCGAUUUGUCAACCAUUUUAUUACAGUGGGUCAUUCACCACCGCCACCUGCACCAGCUCACUGCUCGUCAUCUGGAAGACGCACUUAAGAAGAGAAACCCCCCUUCAGCAUGCGUCUCAAACAAAGACAAACGAGCCUGGGCGCCGCAACUGCGCCUGCGGUACUUCACGGGGCAACUGUCUCGCGAGGCUAUAGACGGCGUGGCACAUCUCGAGAUCCAAACUGAAGAAGACGCAAGGGGGGAUCCUGACUUCGCCGACAUGCUGCAAUGCGAGUUGCGCCUGCAAGCCCGUCGGCCUUCUCCUUCAAGCCCUUUCGUUGCUUUCGAGAGCACUCUGUCGAUGAUUCAGGAGCCUCCAGAUGGUGAUCCGCCCUUCCCUGUGGUGCAGACGUUCGCCUUGGACCCCAAAGCACUCGCCGUACCUGCGGAGGCUUAG